AUGGACACGCAAGACAGCAUCGAUAUUCCCAAGCUACAACGCGUCGCGUUGGGACUAGAGCACGACUCUUCCCAUCUAGUCAAAUUCCAUCCAGCAGGAAUUGUCAGUGCGUCGUCGGAGCAGCUCGAUCACGCCGAUCCACGUCCUCCUCCAGACCUUCGCCUUGAACUUUCUCCGUCGACAAUUGCUCCACUGAGCUCGAACAAUUCCUCGUCAAAAGGUCCUCUACCUUCCUCGCACCGGCACCUCCAUGUGUCGCAGAUCCUGAAGGAACAUCGAGAAGUGGAGGGUCGGAGAGAGGCGCUUGCAUCUUCCCCUAAAGCUUCAGGAACCAUGGAGUCUGUGGAGGCCGCGCCCGGCGACACACAAGUCGUGUCACAGUCGGUGUAUGACAGCAUCAUCCAAAAGAAUGGAGAAUCUAUAUUCCACGGAGCUUCCCAGAUCGGAGCAGACGGCGCAACGCUCCAUACCCUUCAUGAGGGAGAUAGUGGACAUAUCAAUCUGCUUUCUCAAUUCGAUACCACCCGCCGAGAGGAUGUGAUGUCGCCAGACCACGAUGAAGAUAGUAACUUCGAUGAUACUGCAUCUUCCCCGACAGCCUUCAACCCCGAUUUCUUCCCCGAGUCGCAGCGAUUUCUAUCAAGGACUCCAGGCACCGCGGUGAAGACGCACCAUACGCCCAGUACAUCCUCGCGGACCCCGACACUUCCACGAAAUCCGUUAGCAGGUGAUGCUCCGUCGAGCGGGGGAAUGUUGGCCUUGAGCCAGAUCUUCAAAGCAACACAGGCUCCUUCGUCGCCACUGGUACAUACGGAACAGUUAGAGCUGAUAUCUGAUCGCCCGUCUCCAAAUCUCCCAAUUCAGCAUCGUCGUAUUGUAAAUAUUGUUUCGUCGCCACUUACCGAGCGACCGACGCGCGUUUUUCGGGAGUCUUCAGAGCCCAAUUUGCAUUAUAUCUCGCUCAAGGACUCACAGUCAAGGCGUGAUAAAUCGUUAGGGGAAAGGCUCACUCGCUCUGCGAACUAUUUGCAAACAAGUGAUGAGCUUGAAAAUGAGUUUUACAAAGAACCACCAUUUGUGGGGAACGCGAGGCGUCUGCGGAGGAUCGACAAGGAAACUGCUGCCCACUUCGCAGCGUUGAAGGCUCCUUCCAGAUCUACCAGCAGAUCUGACACCUCGCCAACGCAUCCAACGGACGAUCACCUUGAACACCACGACGCGGUUGGAGGGGCAGAUAGCGAAGAAGAAACGGAACAAGAAGAGGAUCUGGAUCCGCAAGUGCCUCAAUCACAAGACACAAUGCAUACUCAAGAGGAGGACAAGGAAAAUUAUAAUGGCCCACCGUUGCCCGCGGAUGCCACUAACAGCGCGCAUACUCGACUUUCUCAGGUUCUUGCAUUUGACGGCCAUGAAACCGCGGUGGAAGGUGCUAACCAUUGUCAACUUAACAAGACUGCCUCAGACGGUUUGUCGCGAAACAGCCAUUUCCCAGGCCGCUCUUCACAAGUGAUGGUUCAAAAUUCUCAACAGACACCUUACCAAUCACCCAAGCCCGACGAGCAGUCGCCCACAGCUCCUUCGUCGCCUGCUCUCUCACAUAAUCUCGAUGCCAUGUCCGGCGUUGAGCGCGAUCACUCUCUUCCCUCUCGGGUUCGUUCUUCACCACCAGCUUCACAACCAGAUGCUUCGGUGUCGCUAGAAGAUAGACCACACUCGGCUAUGGAGGAUCUUCAGGAGCCUCUGAAUCCUUCUCAGGAAGCCAGGCAAGUCGAACCCACCAACCAUGCAGAUCAAGACCUACCCGUCUCCUCCAUCGAAGGAAAAGGGACAGGUCAUGAAACAAAAUCUUCCUCACUACCUUCACGGGUGAUCGAGACUCCUGUGCACGUACGUCCACAAAUAAACGACGUUGCGCGUCUUAUCAGUAUCCCUGAGACGAGUCCCACUCAGAACCGACCUGGUGAUUGGGAAGGCGCAUCCACCGGCGAUGCUAUCAAUAAUGAGGAUGACGAUCUACCUCCAAUGUUCCGAGCUGACAGUGCAAGCCAACGCUCACGACCUCGACCCACUUAUACUCAGUCAUCGCCUAUCAAAACUUUACAAGCGCAAGAAGCUCAAUCACAGAUUCUUUCCAGUCCCAGUGGACGACGGCGCCGGGCAUUGACAGCUAUAGCCGCCAGUGAUUCUCCUCAAGUGGACCCUAAGUUGGACUGGGGCCUUGAUUUCUUCACUGCCGAGGAUGCCGAAUUCAACGCUUUGAUGGAUGGCUCCCCUUCGCGCCCAAGGAAAAGACGUCGGGGCAACCUAGGCCAAAGCAUUAAACCCUUGAACAUCACUAUUCCUUCCACUCCCACCACUUGUCCUUCAAAGACUGCUGUCCAAAGCCAAUUACAAUCAAGUGUCGAGGGGAAUCAUCCAAAUUCGCAAGAGAUGCUCGCUGUUCAAGUCCCUACCCCCACAUUUCAACAGCAGGUGGAGCACGCGUCACGUCCGUUAUCACGAGCUGCCUCUCGGCCACCUUCACGAUCUUCUUCAAGAGCAGUGUCGCGCUCGCGUCCAAGACCAGUCAGUCGGCCAGCUUCGCGGGCAGCCUCCCGAGCACCGUCACGAGCACCGUCACGAGCGCCUUCACGAGCGCCUUCACGAGCGCCUUCACGAGCGCCUUCACGAGGCCCAUCGCGUCUUUCAUCUCGACCGCCCACUAAAAGGACAUCCUCCGUCUGGGAUAUCGAAAGUCCAGAGCAAAGCUCUCGGCGGAGGUCUAGGUCUAGGCUUGCUAGACUUGCCACUUCGCCAGAUCCACCACCUCAGCAAAUCCCAGUCAAAUUUCCGGAUGAAGUAUCGUCCAAUAAACCAAAGGCUAUGCGUAAGCAGCAGAGCUUGCCGUCUGAACUCACCGAUGUCGACUCCCCGUCUCGUGCAUCAGUGCAACCUGCUCGCAAUUAUGCACACAGUCCCUCAACUACACCACAGCUGCAGUAUGUCACAGCAGCGAUGGAGAAUGAGAAGUUGGGACUUGUUGCUCCGAAUCAAGUAAUUGCUGUAUGGCAGGGCCACAAACGCGCCUACUAUCCCGGGACCUGUUUUGGGGCUCCUCCUGGCGUGUCCCAGGGUAAAUUUUCCGUGCAGUUUGAGGGCAGCAUACCGGUCGAAGUGAUAAAAGGUGCAGUGAAGCGAUUCGAUCUGAAGGUGGGGGAUGAAGUGAAAGUCGACAUGCCCGAUUUCCCUAAGGUCGCGCAUGUCAUUCGAGGAUUUGGCGAUCAACUUUCUCGAGAAGACAUUUUGCGAGCUGCAACGACUGGAUUGUACCCCCUGACAGACGUCCAUGGUCAUAGCACUGUGAUUGUCGCAUCCAAGCGACGCAAAACCCUGCCAAGUGGCAAUUCUAUCCCUCCUGAAACUCUGACCAAGGUGCCAAUUUCCCGCAUCUACUUGGACAAUAUUCUCUGGAACCGAUUGAAGGAUCGAGAAUCUCUGAAGUUUCCGGAACAAGCGCUGCAAGAAACCACUCUUCCUGCUCAGGCAUUGCAAUCUUCUUUACCAACAUCACCAAGCCACCGCAUGGCUCGCAGCUUUCAGGAACCCGGUGCCAUAUUUGCAAAGAUGGCCUUCGCUAUAUCCUAUAAGGACGAUGAAGCCUCGAAGAACAAGGUCACGCGGCUCAUUCGGGAGAAUGGUGGCCUGUUGUUGCAUGAGGGAUUUACAGAGCUGUUUGACCCUACUUGUCCGGAGACUCCUAAGAAGAACAGUGGCCAGCACGAGGCUAGCAAGGUCAGUGGACUUUGCCUGACCCGGGAUGCAGUCGAAAUUGGCUUCACUUGUCUCAUUGCAGACACUCAUUCGCGACGUGAGAAAUACAUGCAGGCGUUGGCGCUGAACAUUCCGUGUCUUUCUGGUCGUUGGGUAGAAGACUGUGUGGCGAGAGGCCGAAUCCUCGACUGGGACAUCUACUUGUUACCGGCUGGUGAGUCGCAGUAUCUCAACGGCGCAACAAAGUCUCGAGUCAUGUCACCAAUUCCGCCGCUGGAAGCUCGAUUGUCUGACACCAUCGCUUCGCGACCUCGACUGCUCGAAGGUAAAUCUGUGCUUGUUGUGAUGGGACGCGGCAAGGCAGAGGGAAGACGCAAAGCAUACAUCUUCCUCACAAUUGCAUUGGGUGCAUCACGGGUGGAACAAGUGCCCGAUCUCGACACUGCCAAGAAGAUGGUCGAUUCUGAGCGUGAGGGCACUUCCAGUUCCUUCGCUUGGGACUUUGUUUAUGUGGACGAUGCGGACCAAGCCACUGCAAAAUCCAUGUUCAAGGCCUCUUCGCCCACCGAGUCUGCCAAUACGAGUGUCUCACGAGGCAGAAAACGAAGGCGUUCGACAAUGCUUGCAGAAAGGCCCACGGCGGCUUCUUUACUCGGACCCAAGGUGGUCGGCAGUGAGUUUGUUUGCCAAAGCUUGAUAUUGGGACAACUUUUUGAAAGUUGA